AUGGACAUUUAUUCGUGGCUUCAGCGAGAUGACUCGUUUCAUCUGAUUCAAAUGACACCGGAUUUGGUGAAAACCAUGGAGAAUAAUGAGAGACUUAUUUUCAAGUCGCGAGAUCGCGACUCAAGCAUAUUUCUGUGUUCAGAUUCCAAGACGUUUCAUAUUCGCAAGAAGAACCAUUCGAACACGGUUAUUGUCUUGAAACAUGACAAGGAGAACGCCAAAGCUAUUGGAUUUGCCUCGAUGGACUCAGAGCUGGAACCCAAGGUGGUUUCCGGAUCGAUUGACAUCUCGGAUGUGCCUUUAUUUGAGGAAACGGGCGAAGAAUUUACUGAUUUUGUGAAGAGGACAAAUCCGCCGAGCUUUGCAGACUUGCGGGCCGUUUCCACCGCGUCCAAAACCGAAUUUGAUGUACAAUGGGCCGAACUGAAUGGAUGUGAAAUAGAUGGACAUGCGGUAAUUCUCGGAUUCAACCUUGUGGUUUCUGUUCUGAAAACCAUUAUCACCACUUUGGUAGCCUAUGAUAUGGACCAGGAAGCUUUUUCGGCGACAAAGCUACAAGAGAGAUUGGAGGAUAUUAGACCGGAGUUUGCGCGAACGGUGCUUGCACAAUUUGCUACCAAAACUCCUGCUGGGUAUUCUCUGGACAAGCCGAAGAUUUCACGAUGGUUUGGGCUUCAAGUUCUAAGAAGCACUCUUGCUCCCGUGAAAGAGGAAGACUUUUUGAUCAACUGGAAGGACGCUUUUCCAGCUUUUUUUGACGUCAGCAUUGACAUUCAAUCUUUGGUGGGAAGUUUUGUGAGGCCUUUCCCUAAUAUGGUACAAUUUUACAACUCUGCAGGUUUGCCACAGGAUCCUGUUCAAAGGUUCAAGGAGUUAUUCAAGAUCCAGGCCAGUUGGUCGCUCGAGGAGAUGAAGCCAUAUGUCGAGGAUUUGAACUCAAGAAAUCUCAAGCUAGAGAGUUUCGUGAUGAAGUACGCGAGGAGGAAGCGCAUCGGCAAGAACUAUGUGAUUACUAGAAGGUGA